CUCUCUCUUUUCCGGGUCAUCAUUUUCUCACCACACAAACAGCUAAAAAAAAAUAGUAAAAACAGUAAUUUUCUUCUCUUAUUCUCUCUUUCCACCUUUAACUUGUCCUCCCUCUAUGGCCAUUGAUGAUGUUUCUGUUGUGUUCAUUGUCUCCCCAUUGUCUGGCUAAUCGUUACCUUCUUGGGAUUCUCUAACACUUGCUGUUUUCUGGUUCUCUUCAUUUUCUGGGUAUAACUCAUUCUCUCCCAUUUCUUUACAUUCAAUGUGAUCUGUUUGGUUGUGGGUCUGUGAGGCUUUUUCUCUGUUCUAUCGUUUUUCUUGCUCAUUUCUCUGUUUUUUGAGGUCUUUAAACAAUGGGUUUGGAUGAAGACAAUGUGACCUCUGAAACAAAACCAACCCAACCAAUUCAGAGGCAUAGCAAACAGCUGAGUGAGGCAUCUUGUUAUGCCACAGAGGAUGAAGAAGAGGGUAACAAGGAGGAUGAAGAAGAAGAAGCUUGUCCACAGUUGGGUCCCGUUUGUAGUAUCAAAGAGCAUGUUGAAAAGGACAAGGAUGAUGAGAGUUCGAGCCGGUGGAAAGAACAGCUUCUUGGCAGUGUUGAUGUCAAUGCGGUUGAAGUUACUUUGUUGCUCUUGAAUCUUGAUUGAUCUAUGUUGGUAACUUGUCUGUUAACAAUUAAUUGAUGUGUAAACAGUCUCAUGAAUAAAAAAUUUGCUAAUUGUGAUCUAGCUUAUGAUAUCACAACCAUUUCACCUCUGAUUUCUUAAAAAAGAUAUCACAACCAACCCAUCUUCAUAUCAUUCUAUCAUCUUGUUCAAGUAGUCCUACAAGUAGCUUCCCCAUAAUGCAAUCAUUCUAUCUGUUUUUUUUUUUUUGAUCAGCACAAUCAUUCUAUCUUUCUUCUUCUGCCGCUUGUCCCAUAUAUCAUUUUCUGCAUUCAUAAGAGAUCUUCUUCAUUUAUUGAUUCUUAACAUGUUUGGGAUUGUUUGGGUUUUUCUAAAAAUGUGAUGGAUUCUUUCCAUGCCUUGGGGUGGAGGCAAGAUUCUAAAAAGCGGUUGCAGUCGGCGUAACGGUGGCGGUGACGCGGUUGCGGUUGCAGGGUGUAAAGGCCGUAGUGUAACGGUUGCGGUAACCAGAACCGUGAAUUUUUUUAUUUUCCACACAAUUUGAAAAAAAAC